AUGAUAAGUAAAUUGGAAACAUUGCCAAAUGAAAUAUUUUUAAUUAUAUUUAAUUAUUUAUCAUGGGAUGAAAUUUUAAUAUCAUUAUGGUCAUUAAAUAAACGUAUUAGUUCUCUUAUUUGUUCAAUAUUUUCAAUAAAUAAAAAUGGAAUUAUUUUUAAUCGACCAGGUUUAUCUUAUAAAAAAAUUUCUAAAAUAUUAUUACCAUUAAUAUUUAAAUCAUCAUUACUUUGUUCUUCUAUUAAAUAUAUUCAUUUAAAUGGUAGCGAUUCAAACUCAUAUGAUCUUAUUGAUCAAUAUUUUUUUAAUAAUAAUAAUAAUAAAGAAAGUUUUCGCUUUCCUAAUCUUGAAUCAUUAAAUAUUAUUCAAUGUUUAUUAUCUAAAUCAUUAAUUGAAAAAUUAUCUUUACUUAUUCAAUAUCAAUUAAAUGAACUUAAAUUAACAUUUGACAAAGUUGUAUUUGAAUCAUUUGGAUAUAAAGACCAAGAUUCAUCAUGUAUAUCUAAUAGAAAAAACUUAAUAGUUAUGUUGGAAUAUUUUUUAUGUAUAAUAUUUUCUGGUGAAUGUCAGUUAAUAUCUCUUCAACUUGAUAUAAGUCAAUCAUAUUCUGAUACUCAUCAAUGUAUAAAAUCACGUUCUUUGAAUUUAUCAUCAAAUAAAAUUGAUAAUCUAUUUCAAUCGAAUUGUUUAACUUUACGUUAUUUGCACAUUCGCAUUCAAUAUACAUGUUUUCUUGAACAUCUUAUUGAACAUAUACCCAAUCUCGAACAAUUAACAGUUUGUUUUCGACAUUCACUAAACGUUUUAAAUCAAUCUUAUUCAAAUAUUCAAAAUUUGACAACAUCAAAUGAAAAUUGGUUUUAUAAAAUACCAAAAUUAAAAUGUUUUAUAUUAAAAAGUCGUAUUUACAAUGAUUUAGAAUUUAUUUAUUUAAAAUGGCUUCUUAACAAUGUUAAUUAUAUUCAAAAACUUAAAAUUUAUUUAAAAGGUAACGAAGUAUUUAGAACAGAUCAAUCAAUAUGGAAAUGUUUAAUUGAUGCAAAUUUUAUUCGUGAAUAUUGUUUACCUGAUAAAAUAAUUAAUUUGAUUGAUUUUGAUUUUUAUAUCCGUUCAAAACGUCAAUUAUCUUUAGUUGAUAUUGAAAACAUAAUUGAUUCAUUUAAAAUAAAUUCUUUUUUUAUUAAACAUCAAUGGACAAAUGUUGAAUGUUUUUAUGAUGAAAAUAAAUCAUAUCAAUAUAUAUUUUCUUCUACACAAAAUAAAUCUCAAUUUUUUUAUACUUUAUCUAAAUAUCGAUGUAUAAAUAAUUGGCAAGAUAUUCGAUGUAUUCAACUUAAUUUUCAUCCAUCAUUUUAUUUAUUUCUCGAACAAUUCGAUGAAUUAUGUUCUAAUGUUUCUUCUAUCAUAAUUCAUACAGAGCCUUUAACAAUACCAUUUGAAAUGGGACAGCGAAAUUUAAAUAAUAUUCGAUUGCAAAAUGUUACAAAACUUCAAUUCGGAGAUUGUGAUUCUCGUUCGAUUGAAUUUUGUCGUAAAUUAACAUAUCGAGAUAAAAGACGUGCAAAAGUAUUUGCUCAUCUUAUUUCAAUGUGUGUUCAACUUAAAUAUCUUCUUGUUGAAAAAUUUGAAUGGCUUUUAUAUAUUGUUAAAUAUGCAUCCAAUAAUUUACGAAAUGAUGCAUUAGCUACUGUUCGAUAUGCUGAAUUUGGUAUUCCAAGUUGUAAUCAUGGUCCAAAUAAAUCAAUUCAUAUUGGCAAACGUCUUGUACCUUUUCUUAGUACUUAUAUGCCUCAUUUGCAAACAUUACGUCUUGGGAGACCAGAUGAUUUACCUUGGACAACAAUUCGACCAGAUUUUAAAUCGGGAUACUUUCAUUGGGUUGCACAAAACCGAUGGACACAAUUGUUACAAACACCCCAAUCUAUCAAUGAACAUGUAACCAUUUUUGAACAAGAUCUUUCUCAAUUAUUUGAACAAUUACAACAAUUUGUUUUUCUUGAUAUUUAUGGAAUAAUUUCUCAAGAAAAAGUUGAAUCAUAUCGUUUAAUGAUUCAAUCUCGUUUUCCAAAUAGCAACUUUGAUAUUCAAAUAUCAAGAUUUCGUCUUUGGGUUUAA